UUCGGGCAGUUGUGUUUUGACUGUCGACCUGUACGGACAUCCUAAGCUAAGCGAGAGUUGCUGUUCUACUAGUUCAAAAGUACGUUCCGUUUUGGCUCUGUUCGAUUUUCGUUUCACCGCUAUCUGAUUAUAGAGCUUCGCGAAUACCACACCGGUGAAUAGUUGUCAUCGCUUAUAUAAGGUGAAACUGUUUAUCGACAGAAUUCCUAGGUACUACAAUAAGUAAAUGUGUUCAACCUAGUCCUACGCAGUCUAGCUGCUAUCAGCGUUUUUACAGUCGGUGCUUCAAAGUCAGUGCACUUCCUCCGAAUACACCAGCUCUAUAAAUAAAGCCGACCGAAUGCAUCACCAUAGAAUAAGUCUAUAAGUGGAAAGUGAAGUUCGUAUCUAGUCAUAUACUUACAUUCUGUGUCGCUCGAAUUACGCAUCUACAGGUUGUGCACUUUGAGGCGACCGUCAUUGAAUGUUGUUUACUUACUGUUAAAAAGUCAGCCACUUCGAGUGAGUGAUAAUGAAACGCGUAUGAUGACAACCGCAUAUAGUAGUGAAGAGCGUGACCUUCUGACGAUGGGCGCUGAGGAGGAAAACCAUAUUCUUGGAAGAUUAUGUGAAAAGUUCAUGAUGGCACUCCAGGGCAGUUUGGAGGAGCUGUACAAAUUUAGCGUGCUUGACUAUGGCGUAUUCGUGGUAAUGCUGUUUCUGUCCGCGGCCUGCGGAAUCUACUUUGGUUUCUUCAAACGCACCACAGCACAGCAAACUCCGGAAAGUAGUGACGAUGAGUUUGGGCUAGGCGGUUCCAAGACAGCGGCAAAUGCUGGCAAAGGAACUCGAAUUACGACUUUCGGAUCCUCCACUAUGGAUGAAUAUCUGCUUGGAUCUCGGAAGCUGAAAGCAUUCCCGGUGGCCAUGAGUCUAGUGGCCGGCUAUAUCUCUGGGGUGACCAUACUGGGGACGCCAUCGGAAAUAUACAAUUUCGGAACACAGUAUUGGCUCAUAGUGAUACCGAUUCUGUUGAUGGGUAUUGCCGUGUGCACGGUCUACCUUCCAGUAUUUUGCUCGCUGAAACUGAACUCAUCGUAUGAGUACUUGGAGCUUCGAUUCAACUCGUCGGUCCGUUCGAUUGCAUCCAUAAUGUUCGUCAUGGAUGAGUUAUUUUUCCUGCCGAUGAUCAUUUACGUACCAUCACUCGCUUUCAAUCAAGUUACCGGUUUCAAUCUUUAUAUCAUUGGAGCAGUUGUAUGCAUUGUUUGCGUGUUUUACACUUUGUUGGGUGGCAUAAAGGCGGUGGUUUUCACCGAUGCUUGGCAAGUUCUGGUGAUGUUCAUUUCGGUAGUCAUCGUAGUCGUUUUGGGAACGAUUUCCAUUGCUGGACCGGAUGUGAUCUGGGACCGUGCCGUUCAGGGCAAUAGGAUUGAUUUCUUUAACUUCAAUCCAUCCAUGUAUGAGAGACAGACCUUUUGGGCGGUUUUGAUCGGUGGUUUCUUCUACUGGACUUCCUUCAAUUCGGUCAACCAAACCAUGGUGCAGCGUUACAUGUCCUUGCCAAACCUGAAGAAAGCUAGAUUAUCCAUCGGAAUGUUCACAAUUGGUAUUGCGAUUUUUGUUUCAGUUUGCUGCUAUGCUGGCUUGUUGAUCUAUGCUUAUUAUUACCAAUGUGAUCCAAUGUCCAUGGGAUUGGUAAAGACCGACGAUCAGCUGUUCCCGCAUUACGUAAUGGAAAUCGUGGGACAUUUGCGAGGGAUUCCUGGCCUGUUCAUUGCCGGUGUAUUUGGAGCAGCACUCAGUUCUUUGUCCGUAGUACUUAAUUCGACGUCAGCUGUUUUGCUGGAAGACAUCCUGAAGGGACUGUUUCGAGUGAAACCUAGUCCAUUUGUGGCCAACAUCUUCGUUCGGGUCUGUGUUGUCGUUCUGGGAAUGGCGGCCAUGGGUUGUCUGUUUAUUAUCGAAAAAUUAGGAGGAAUAUUGAGUGUUGCAACUUCUUUGUCGGCUAUUGCUGCGGGAACAACCUGUGGAAUGUUUACAUUGGGAAUGCUGGUACCUUGGAGUAACUCUAAAGGAGCGAUUAUUGGAGGCGUUUCGGGUGCACUGCUAUCCGGUUGGGUUUCCUUAGGAUCACAAUUUGCAAGCGCCAAUGGUGAAAUUGUUCCUCACAAACUACCCGUUUCCGUUGAAUCAUGUCCCAGCGAUAUGCUAUCCAACAGCACCAUUGUCAAUCCGAUCUACCCGGAUGAAUCGGGAGUGUUUCCACUGUACCGAUUAUCUUACCACUGGAUAACUCCGAUUGGUGUGGUUACAGUGAUGAUCAUUGGAACGAUUGUGUCAUUCAUUACCAAACCUAGAAACCUAAAGGACAUCGACCCGGAACUGAUUUCACCAGUGAUUCAUCGUUUUCUUCCUCAGGAAUGCUUCGCAAAUUACGGAACUGCAUGCAAAGACGUGGAACAACCAAGAACUACUUAUGGAACAGAUGCAACUUCGUCGAAACGGUCUUGAUGAUAGUGAGAUAUUGAAGAUCAGGCGUUGAACGGAACGCCAAACUCAGCUAGGUACUUAAUCGUAUAAGUAUAGCCCGUUGUCUUAUGGGUGUAAUCUCCUGGAGCUGUUGGCAAUCUUAGUUAAGACAAUGAUGUACAAAUACAAUCUUACUAAAAACGGUCGCUACCAUACACAAACACUAACACACACAAACACAAUAAACACAUAAAAACGGUUACUGAGAUGGAGCGUUUAGGAACAAUCUCUCUGGAUUGACCGCCGUUCCACCGAAACUUAAUUCUGUAGAUUGUAAAGUACAAUGUGCUAAACAUUUACACGCAACUUGCCUGUGAUACAAUCAAAACUAUUAUGUAGUUAGAAACGUUGUUUAUAUUUUUUGACGAACGCGAUGAAAAAAAAAGAAAUAAACA